AUGUUAGUUGAAACAAUUACUGUGACGAUUAAUCACUUGAAUCCUCCAUAUAUAGGAAAUUUUGGAUCAGUUUUUACAGGAGUAAUUGGUGGGGGUAGAUGUGUUGCAGUAAAGGUAUAAAAGGGUAUUUCUGAAUUUGAAUGCCAGAUUUUAUAGGCUCUUAAAGGAAAACGAUUUGAUCAUAUUAUUGAAGUGAUUGCUUUUGAAGAGUAAAAAUAAGCGGCUUACAUUAUUAUGGAAUUAGGAGAAAAGAUUGAUUUUAAAAAAAUAUAGAAUAAAACAACAACCUGCUUGCAAGUAAAAAUAUCUAUAUUUUAGAUGGCGAAAGGAGUUUCAGAAUUACAUAAAUUAGGAUUUUAUCAUAGAGAUUUAAAACCAGAUAAUUUUGUAAUGGGUAAAGAUAAUAAAAUCAAAUUGAUUGAUUUUGGAAUCUCAAAAAAAAUUGAAGAGAAAUUACAAACCCAAUUGCAAGGAACAUUUUAAUAUAUGGCUCCAGAUGUAUUAUCAAAUGAUUAUGACUUUUCUGUUGAUAUUUGGUCUUUGGGUAUGGUUUUUUAUAAGGUCUUCCUGGGUGUUGAAUUUUUUUUUAAUUUAAAAACUGAAAUAAUUAAUGAAUUACGUGAAAUAACGCAAAUAUAAAUCAAUGAAAGAAUAAGAGCAAGCUAAGAUUUAGAAGAAUGGCAAAAAAAGUUACUAUCAAAAAUGAUUGUUAAAAGAUUAGAUAAAGAAUAAAAAUUGAAUAAUGAUGUGAAAAGAAUCACCAUUGAUGAAAUUAUUUAAGAACUUGAAGAUGUUUAUGAAUUGCAGAUAUUGUAUGAUGUGUUAGUGUUAUCAAAAGAUGUUGAUAGAUAAAUAUUUGAUGUUGUUAUUGAAAAAUUGAAAUUAGAAAAAAUUUCAGAUUGUAUAGGAUUUCUAACUAAGAAUUGUAAUAACUAAAACUGGAAUUUAAUUACAAAAGUUAUCAAAAAUAUUAGUGAGAUUGAGUUUAAUAAGAGGAAUUAUUCAGCUGAUAAUUACAAAAAAAAAAAAAAGGAUAUCAUCUCUAAAAUAUCAAAUGAUAAGAAAAUUAUUGAGUUUCUUGAAUUCCUUGUUCAACUUACAGCCAUUGAUGAGAAAUUUAUUUAAUGCGGAUCAAACUCCCUCAAUUUAUUAGUUGAGAUGAAGGUGGAUGUAAAGGAACACAGAUUUGAGAAUAUUAGAAUUAGGGAUACUUCCUUAAUUGGUGCUAAUAUGAUAGGAUGCAAUUUAAAUGGGUCUAAUUUUAUGAACGUAGAUAUAAGCGGAAUGAACUUAAAUGGUGCCUAAAUGUUCAAUUGUAUAUGGAAGAAUAUCAAAAUAGAUUAGUUAAAUAAAUUAUCUGGUCAUACAGACACUGUUAGAUCAGUAUGUUUCUCUCCUGAUGGUAGUACAUUAGCAUCUGUAAGUGAGGGCAACUCGAUCUGUUUAUGGGAUGUGAAAUCAGGAUAAUAAAAAAGCAAAUCAACAGAGAAUUGUAAAUAGGUUAGAUCCGUUUGUUUCUUACCUUCUAAUACUAUGUAAACAUGUGACAGUUAUGAUUCUAUUCGUAUAUGGGAUACUAAUGUAGGAGAGUAAGAAGCAAAAUCAGCUGAUCAUAAUGAAUAGGUUGGAUCAGUGAGUUUCUCAUCCGAUGGUUGUACAAUAGCAUCUUGUAGUUAUGGUAGUACAAUUCGUUUAUUGGAUGUUAAGACAGAAAUGUUAAAAUAAGAAAUAUAAAGUCACAAAGGAACUGUUUAUUCAGUUUGUUUCUCUCCUAAUGGUACUACAUUAGCUUCUGGUGGUGAUGAUAAGUCUAUUCGUUUAUGGGACGUUAAUACAGGAUAGCGAAGAGCCAUUUUAGAUGGUCAUGAUGGAACUGUUUAUUCAGUCUGUUUUUCUCCUGAUGGUAUUACAUUAGCAUCUGGUAGUUGUGAUAAUUCUAUCCGUUUAUGGGAUAUUAUGAAAAGAAAAUAAAAAGCCAAAUUAGAUGGUCAUACUAACGCUAUCUAUUCAGUCUGUUUCUCUCCUGAUGGUACUAAAUUAGCUUCUGGUGGUAAUGAUAACUCUAUUCGUUUAUGGGACGUUAAUACAGGAUAGCGAAGAGCCAUUUUAGAUGGUCAUGAUGGAACUGUUUAUUCAGUCUGCUUUUCUCCUGAUGGUAUUACAUUAGCAUCUGGUAGUUGUGAUAAUUCUAUCCGUUUAUGGGAUAUUAUGAAAAGAAAAUAAAAAGCCAAAUUAGAUGGUCAUACUAACGCUAUCUAUUCAGUCUGUUUCUCUCCUGAUGGUACAAAAUUAGCAUCUGGUAGUGGAGAUAACUCGAUCCAUUUAUGGGAUGUUAAGGCAGGAUUGUAAAAUGACUAUUUAGAGGGACAUAGUGCACAAGUGAGAUCUGUCAGUUUCUCUACUGAUGGAAUUACAUUAGCAUCUGGUAGUGGAGAUAGCUCUAUCCGCAUAUGGGAUGUUAAGACAGGAUAAUAAAUAGCCAAUUUAGAUGGUCAUGUUGGGAAAGUGUAUACAGCCUGCUUCUCCCCUGAUGGGACUACAUUAGCAUCUGGUAGUGGAGAUAAUUCCAUACGUUUAUGGGAUUUUAAGACAAGAUAAUAAAUAGCCAAAUUAGAUGGUCAUGUUGGAACUGUGCAUUCAGUCUGUUUCUCUCCUGAUGGUAGUGCAUUAGCAUCUGGUAGUGGUGAUAACUCUAUCCGCAUAUGGGAUUUGAAGACAAGAUAAUAAUUAGCCAAUUUAGAUGGUCAUGUUGGAACUGUGUAUUCAGUCUGUUUCUCCAAUGAUAGUAUUACUUUAGCAUCUGGUAGUGGAGAUAAUUCCAUCCGUUUAUGGGAUUUUUAAACAAGGUAAUAAAUAGCCAAUUUAGAUGGUCAUGUUGGAAGUGUGUAUUCAGUCUGUUUCUCUCCUGAUGGUACUACAUUAGCAUCUGGUAGUGGAGAUAAUUCCAUCCGUUUAUGGGAUUUUAAAACAAGGUAAUAAAUAGCCAAUUUAGAUGGUCAUGUUGGAACUGUGUAUUCAGUCUGUUUCUCUCCUGAUGGUACUACAUUAGCAUCUGGUAGUGGAGAUAUCUUUAUACGUUUAUGGGAUGUUAAAACAGGAGAAUAAAAAGCCAAAUUACAUGGUCACGCUAACAUAAUUUUUUCAGUCUGCUUCUCUCCUGAUUAAAAUAUAUUAGCAUCUGGUAGCGAAGAUAACUCUAUCCGUUUAUGGGAUGUUAAGGCAAGAUAAUUAAAAGCCAAAUUAGCUGGUCAUACUAGUCCUGUUUGUUCAGUCUGUUUCUCCCCUGAUGGAAAUACAUUAGCAUCUGGCAGUGAAGAUAGAUCCAUUAGUUUAUGGGAUGUUAAUACAAAUUAAUUAAAAGCCAAAUUCGAUGGUCAUACUAGUACUGUUUGUUCGGUUUGUUACUCCCCUGAUGGGACUACAUUAGCAUCUGGUAGUGGAGAUAACUCUAUCCGCUUAUGGGAUGUUAAGACAGGAAUAUAAAAAGCCUAAUUUAAUGGUCAUGAUGGAACUGUUUAUUCAGUAUGUUUCUCUCCAGAUGGUACUACAUUAGCAUCUGGUAGUGGAGAUAUCUUUAUUUGUGUAUGGGAUAUUAAGGCGAAAAAUUUAAAAGCCAAACUAAAUUGUCAUACUAAUUCUAUUUAUUCAGUUUGUUUCUCUCCUGAUGGUACUACAUUAGCUUCUGGUAGUGAAGAUAACUCUGUCUGUUUUUGGAAUGUUCGGAAAAAAUUCUAAUAAUCCAAUUUAGAAGGUCAUGGUUAAUGUGUUAGAACAGUUUGUUUUUCUCCUGAUGGUACUACAUUAGCAUUUGGCUGUGAGGAUAACUCUAUCCGUUUAUUGAAUGUUUAGAGAGAAUAAAUAACAGCCAAUUUAUAUGGUCAUAGUGGAUGGGUAAGAUCAGUCUCUUUCUCUCCUGAUGGUACUACAUUAGCAUCUGGUAGUAAUGAUAACUCUAUCCGUUUAUGGGAUGUUAAGACAGGAUAAUAAAAAGUUAAAUUAGAAAGUCAUAGUGGAUGGGUUUAAACUGUGUGUUUUUCUCCUGAUGGUACUACAUUAGCUUCUGGUAGCCAUGAUCGUUCCAUCCGUUUAUGGAAUGUUUAAACAGGAUAAAUAAAAGCCAAUUUAUAUGGUCAUAGUGGAUGGGUAAGAUCAGUCUGUUUCUCUCCUGAUGGUUCUGUGUAAGCAUCUGGUAGUGAUGAUAAUUCUAUUCGUCUAUGGGAUGUUAAAACAGGAUAAUAGAAAGCCAAAUUAAAUGGUCAUACUAAUUAUGUGUAUUCAGUCUGUUUCUCUCCUAAUGGUACUUUUUUAGCAUCUGGUAGUGGAGAUAACUCUGUUCGAUUAUGGGAUGUUAAGACAGGAUAAUAACAAGCCAAAUUAAUAGGUCAUGUUAAUUAUGUCUUGUCAGUCUGUUUCUCUCUUGAUGGUGCUACAUUAGCAUCUGGUAGUGGAGAUAAUUCAAUCUAUUUGUGGGAUGUUAAGAAGAGAUAAUAAAAAGCCAAGUUAGAUGGUCAUUUUGGAUGGGUUAGAUCUGUGUGUUUCUCUCCUGAUGGUACUACAUUAGCAUCUGGUAGCCAUGAUCGCUCCAUCCGUUUAUGGGAUGUUAAGACCGGAUCAUAAAAAGCCAAAUUAUAUGGCCAUAUUAAUUAUGUCAUGUCAGUUUGUUUCUCUCCAGAUGGCACUACAUUAGCAUCUGGUAGUUAUGAUUGUACUAUAUGCUUAUGGGAUGUUAAGGCACAAUAAUAAAAAGUUAAAUUAAAUGGUCAUACUAGCACUGUUUAUUCAGUCUCCUUCUCUGCUGACGGUGCUACAUUAGCAUCUGGUAGUGAUGAUAAAUCUAUUUAUUUAUGGGAUGUUCAGAAAAAAUAUUGUUAUGCCAAAUUAUGUGGCCACACUAAAACGGUUUAUUCAGUCUCUUUCUCUCCUGAUAGUACUAUAUUGGUAUCUGGUAGUUAGGAUAACUCAAUUCGUUUAUGGGAUGUAAAAUCAGGAAAACAAAUCCUACCUUCAGAUAUUAGUGACAAAGAUAUUCUAGCAUAUUUUAAACCCCCAAUAUUUAAAAACAACUUUCUUACGAGUAAUUGUAUUUAUUUUAUAUUUUAUUUAGCUACAUCUAAUUUUACAAUUCUUCGAAUUUCCUAAAAUCCAUAUUUAGAAGCCUCAGGAGCUUUAAUCUAUAAAGGAGAGUUUGUAAAUUAUUAAGGUGUAGAUAUAAGAAAAUUAUUCUAAUCAAAAGGGAGUUUAAUUUUAGAAAACUAAAUUGGAUUGAAAAACCAAUAAAAUUGA